AUGAACAAUCUCUCUUUGUUGUAUAGUCUCAAUUCAGUCCCAGAGUCUCUUAAUACUAAAAAAAAAAAGGAAAAAAAGCAGCUGAAUUUUCAGGAAAAUGGUGACGCUUUGAUUGAGCUUGAACAGAAAUUAAGAUCCCAAAAGGAACGAUUGACCCCGCAAGAAGAGAACAUUUUUCAAAGGUGUAAGUCCUCGGCACUUAAUCAGUUCACGGCUGGUCUAAUUGUUGGAGGUGGUCUUGUUUGGGAAGCAACGUGGAAGCUGAAUAGGUUACUUCGGGUAAACCUCUCCAGUGGAGCUGCGAUAAUACUUGGAUUUUGGAGAUUUGGGAAUUCACUAGAAUCGAGUGUUGACCGUAUUCUGGCCUUAGAUGGAACUCGGAUGCAAAGUGAAUUAGCAAAUAUGUAUGUAUCAUUCACUCUUUUGUGUUGAAAUUUUCCACUUAAUAUGAAAAUUUUUAUGUUUGAA